AUGCCCAGCGCUCCCCAAGCCCCCCCUCUUACAGGCUACACCCUCUGGCUCUCCCCCGCCUCUCCCCAGAAAUAUCAAUUCCAAUCCCUCAUCAAGCACCUUACUACCUUCUCCGAGGACGCCCCUGUGUUUGAGCCCCACAUCACCCUCCUCGCCCCUGUCUCUCUGGACGUCCCCCUCGGAGAAAUCGAAGACACCUUAGGUCGGAUCGUUGCGGAGCUCGGCGGGUUGCAGGCGUGGAAGCUUCAGCUGAAGGCUGCUCAAAAGGGAGGUUUUUACUUCCAGUCUGUCCUUGCCCCUGUUGAGCCCACCAAGGAGCUUUUGGCGCUGCGCGAAAAGGUGGAGCAAGCAUUCAGCGUGCCCGGCCAGAGCGAUUACUUUCCCCAUCUCAGCUUGCUCUAUGGCGACAUCAGCGCCGAGAAGCGAGACUCUAUCUCUGCUGAGGCCAACAAGGAAAGCAGGGAGGAUGGUUUCGGAGAGGUGGAGAUUGGAGAGAUUGAGAUUGUGAGGUGCUUGGGGGAUGUUGCCGACUGGGUGACUGUGGGCAAGGUGACGCUCUAA